CGUAUCCGCGCGACUCAAACGUACCUGGUACAUCAGCGGCCUGUUUUCAGAGCAUCGCUGUAAUUUUUCUCUCCGGUGGAGGAUUUCUCUCUGCAGUCCAUCACCAUCAUGAAACUAGUCAGGUUUUUGAUGAAGCUCAGCCAUGAGACGGUUACCAUUGAACUGAAGAAUGGCACCCAGGUCCAUGGCACCAUCACAGGUGUUGAUGUGAGCAUGAACACCCACUUGAAGGCGGUGAAAAUGACCCUGAAGAACAGGGAGCCCACUCAGCUGGAGUCUCUCAGCAUCCGUGGCAACAACAUCCGCUACUUUAUCCUGCCGGACAGCCUCCCACUGGACACCCUCCUGGUCGACAUCGAGCCAAAGAUCAAGUCCAAGAAGAGAGAAGCAGUUGCUGGACGGGGACGAGGCAGAGGACGAGGGCGUGGCAGAGGAAGGGGACGAGGACGAGGUGGCCCAAGGAGAUGAUCACACAGUUGUACAGCUGUUUCUCACCACCUCACUGUUUGUACAGGAUUUUUUUUUUUCUUUUGCUCAGAGGAAACGAUUUGUGAAUUUCUGCGUGCUUUUCGUUUUUUUUCUUAUUUUGUACAUUAAAAUGCUCCUUAUCAAGAGGAUAAA